UUGUCGUUGUUGAGUUUCUUGAUAGCAUUUCAUUCAAGAAUGUACUAUUUUUGAUCACCAAAUACGAUAGAUUAAUAGAUCUACGGAUUGUACCGAUACUUUUCACAGAAGGAAUUAUUAUUUGUAAUUACGAUGGCGUUGGAAGAAUGCAGAACUGAGGCAAGCAUUGGAAUAGAAUUUUCGGAAAGCGACCAUGAUUCGACUAUAGGCGAAAACACGAAUUCCACUUCAGUAAAGACUGCUGCUCAGGGUGAUAGUUGUUCACCGUCUGAGAAGCGGAAACGGAAACGCAUUUCACCGCACUCGACACCAAAAGUAGCAGAAGGGUUUGGAGAUAGCAAAGCUGGAGAGCUUUUGAAAAAGAUCCCAGAACUUGAAGAUGUAUUCACCUUACUUUCAAAAGUGGGAGAAGGUACCUUUAGUAAUGUCUACUUGGCAAAAAUGAAUAGAAUACCAGAUGAAUUAUGUGCACUGAAACAUAUCAUACCUACAAGUGGCCCAGGAAGAAUUGAAAAUGAAUUGAAAUGCCUUCAGGAUAUUGGAGGUACUGACAAUGUGAUUGGAGUUCUAUCAACUUUGCGAAGGGAUGACAACAUAGUUUUUGUUUUACCUUACUUUCCACAUCAGAGUUUUCAGGAGUAUUUUCUUGAAAUGAGUAUGUGUGAAAUCAAGGAUUACAUGAGAAACUUAUUCAUUGCCUUGCAAAGAGUUCAUUCUUUUGAAGUCAUUCACAGAGAUGUGAAACCAAGCAACUUUCUUUACUGUAGAGAUACAGGGAGAUACAGACUUGUAGAUUUUGGCCUUGCUAUGAAGGUACCUGGGAGUUCUAAUUCUCUUCUAGACUCUCCAAAAGAACAAUUGAAGAAACCGAAACGAGGCCACCAUCAAUCUCCCAAGAACACAACUCAGCCCAGACGUCGUAGCUCACGUUUGUCCCCUCAAACUGACAACAAGGACCAGCCAGCAAGUAAAGUUGCCGAGGAAGGUGUACUAAAGCCACGUUGUGUAAACUCAGCCAAUUGGCAGUUUACCCAUCAGACGAGAGACUUUAAAGUUCCAGCCAAAAAUGCAACGUCAAAUUUAAGAAGAACUUCCAAUGAGAAUUCAAAAUCUAAGGAGGUUUCAUUCAAGGCAGUACAAGUGUUGUGUCCCCUGCGACAUGGCCCCAAAGAGGUUUGCACUGUUUGUAUGGCAAGGGGUCAUCAAAACACUCCACGCGCCGGUACACCAGGAUUUCGCUCCCCUGAAGUAUUACUCAAAUACCCUCACCAGUCCACGGCCGUGGACAUUUGGUCAGCAGGGGUCAUAUUUCUUUCCAUACUUAGCGGUAGAUACCCUUUUUUUAGAGCGUACGACGACAUGACCAGCUUGGCACAAAUUAUGACUUUGUGUGGAACCGAUGCUGCCACAAGAGCAGCUUUCAAAUUGGGCAAGGAUCUUCAUUGUAGCGCCGAAAGUCCAUGUGGAAACCUUAAAAUACUUUGCACAAGACUGCGCAGUCGCGCUAGCAAAGAGCCAACCGUGAAAUGCUGUGUGAAACAGUGUAGUCGAGCAGACACGGACCAAUCAGCUCCUGCAAAGCGCCGUAAAAGAAGAUCGACUUCUCCGUCAAGCUCUCAAACAGAAACACCCGUGGCUUCAAAUCUGUGGCAUCGUCGCUGUAAGAUAUGUCAAAAACAAAAUCCAUAUUGUUGUAUAUCGAUUGAAACUGACAAAGAAUUCACUGUUAAAACUAGUGAGCAAUCGGACGUUUUUCGGCCCAUGCAUGUCGACGGCAGUGAAUGUGACUGUACCUGUUGUAAAUGUUGUUGGACGAUUGAAGACACUGCAUAUGAGCUUUUGGAGAGAUGCCUUGAUCUUAACCCGCAUACUCGUAUCACUGCAGGGGAAGCUUUGGAGCAUCCCUUCUUGAGGGAUUGAUCGUAUUUUUUAGCGCAUCCGAAGAAUAGCUAUCUGUGCGACAAUUUGCUAAAGUAAUUAUGCCUGAGUACGUUUCUUUUCACCUACUUGCACUCACACAUCUACUGCCAAAUGUAAACUGAUCACUUAAAGGUUUUAUGAACUUGUAUCAUGCGCUGCACGCCAACACUCAUGCGCUGUCCGCAACAGAAAAUGUCACCGGAAGUUAUAUUUGUAGAAACUCUGACAUAAGCGAGACUAAAAACCCUGUCUCAAGUGGCUGUGUGCUAUUGCAACAGCAAAGCGCUUUUAUUUUGCUAUUAUCCCAUGUACAGUCGCACAAGAACAGGUCAUAAAAUAAGCGAAAAGUUUCGAAUCGAAAUUUAAAUAUGAAUUUUUAAACUAAAGUGAAAGAUUAUAUUCAUACACAUGUACAGUAUUCAUUUUAACAAUAACCCACUACGUGUACGUAAACUUCACAAGGAUUCAUUCGUAAAUUAUAUCUGCUUUCCAAGAUUCUUACGCAAGAGAGAGUGUGAUGUUAACACAAGAACUUUAUUGGUUAUAAUAAGCGAGAAAUUAUGGAUUGUGAAAGAGAAGGUAUAGUUGAACAAGGACAAUUUUAGUGCGAAUGGUUUACUCUACUGUAAAGACAAUGUAUAUAAAU